CUCACAACCAACGCCCUCCUGCACACGCAGCAGUGUCGACUAUCUUCUUCACAUCCACCGGCUUUAUCGGGUUAUCCAAUCCAAAUAUACAAAUAAUAUCCUUUGGAAACUCCCUUCUAUAUUUCCUGUUUGAAAUGCUCCGUUCUAUAUUACUAUGCCAACAACCCCAAAAGCAGAAAAAUCUGUUCAAUUUUACCUUUUCCGAGUCUCAUGUUCAUCGAAGAAUCUUCGUUUAAGACAAAAAAAAAAAAGUAGAUUCUUUGGCUGUUGAGUUGACAGAGGUGAUUCACUGGGUAAUAUAAGGUAUUGGGUUUACGAUUCAUAUGUGAUUCUGCGCCUCAAUUACUAGUUACUGAGCUUUAUUGGAGCGUGUAAAAGUUUGGGGUGCAAACUGAUACUGGGUGAUCCUCCAAAAAUCACUGAAGAGCGCCGAUGGUCAUACCUCAAACUUAAGGAUUGGAUAUUUGACGCGUUUGUAGAACCUGUUAUUAGAAGUCGCAAGAUUAAGGAUUGACCUUCACGGGGAAGCCAUGAAGACUCUGUAGCAGAAAAGAUGCUUAGGCAAUACAAAGUUUUGCCGGUUGCUGUGAAUGAUAAUGUAUUCAAUACCAGGUGCAACUUUCAUUGAAGAAAUGGGUUAUGCAAUGAGUAGACUGGAGAUAGAAUCUAACCUUUGCGAUGAUGGAAAUACCAUCCAUGAAGGUUGUAGUAGCCGACAAACUAACAAACCAAUGAAAAUUGUAGACAAUGAAAUUGCGCAGAUUACAAAGUUGAAGUCAACACCCCAUCAUCUGCUGAGCCGAGUUGGGCCUGGAAGGCCUCAGUUGCCUGUUUCUCCUGUCAAAAUGUUGGCAGGUCGGGAAUCUAAUUAUUCAGGCUUGGGAAGGUUUUCAUCAUCCGAUUGUUGUCAUAUCUUGAGCAGGUAUUUGCCAGUCAAUGGUCCGUGGCUCAUUGAUCAAAUGGCAACUCGAGCAUACGUAUCUCAGUUUUCAGCUGAUGGCUCCCUAUUUGUUGCUGGAUUUCAGGGAAGCCACAUAAGAAUAUACAAUGUGGACAAAGGUUGGAAAGUUCAGAAGAAUAUCCUAGCCAAAAGUUUGAGAUGGACGAUCACUGAUACAACUCUUUCCCCUGAUCAACACUAUCUUGUUUAUGCUAGCAUGUCUCCUAUUGUACACAUUGUAAAUGUUGGGUCUGCUGAGACAGAGUCCUUGGCAAAUGUUACGGAGAUUCACGAUGGUUUGGAUUUUACUUCGAAUGAUGAUGGAGGAUACUCUUUCGGUAUAUUCUCUGUGAAAUUUUCAACAGACGGGAGAGAGUUAGUUGCUGGAACUAGUGGUGAUUCUAUAUAUGUAUAUGACCUUGAAGCAAAUAAGCUGUCUCUGCGAAUUUUAGCACACAUGUCUGAUGUCAACACAGUAUGUUUUGCUGAUGAAACGAGCCACCUUAUUUACUCUGGAAGUGAUGAUUCUUUCUGUAAGGUAUGGGAUCGACGUUGCCUAAAUAAUAAAGGCAAGCCAGCAGGAGUCCUGAUGGGACACCUUGAGGGAAUUACAUAUAUUGAUAGCCGUGGUGAUGGACGCUAUUUCAUUUCAAACGGUAAAGAUCAGACCAUCAAACUUUGGGACAUUCGCAAAAUGUCAUCAAAUGAAACCUGCAAUCCUGGGUAUAGGAGUUACGAAUGGGAUUACAGAUGGAUGGAUUACCCACCUCAGGCAAAAGAUUUGAAGCACCCAUAUGAUCAGUCAGUGGCUACAUAUAGAGGUCAUUCUGUUUUGCGUACUCUUAUCCGCUGCCAUUUCUCCCCAGCAUUCAGCACUGGCCAAAAGUACAUCUAUACGGGAUCACACAACGCAUGCGUUUAUAUAUAUGAUUUGGUGAGUGGAGCACAAGUGGCAGCACUGAAGCACCACAAAUCUCCAGUAAGAGACUGUAGUUGGCAUCCUUACCAGACUACGCUGGUUAGCUCCUCGUGGGAUGGGGAUGUUGUCAAAUGGGGGUUUCCUGGGAGCAGUGAAAUUCCAGCCCCUUCCACUAAGAUGAGAAUCUGGAAAACACGCUUUUUUGAAGACUAAAAAUAGCGCCUCUCGGUAAUCAAAGUUUGCGAAUCGUAUUUGACAUAUUAUAAGUUUCAUAUGAACUUUAUAUUCCAGAUUUCACCCUGUGUAUAAAUAAUCGCUCAAAUAAGUUGAGUUCAUCUGUGUACCCAUUGCAUCCCUUGUUCUGUAAA